AAACGAGCCACUCUUCAUUUUGAGAAAAAAUAAUAUAUCUUUAAAAACAUUUGAAAUUCAAGUUUUUUUAUUUAGCAAAAAAAAAGAAACAGAAAGAAACUCAAGUUAUGGCGAAUCUCUCUUCUGAUCUCCAGACAUACACAGUGGAUGAUCCCAUAACUCAACUUGCAGAACUCAACAACACUCUUCAUCAAUUCCAAACGAUGUUUGCUCCUCCUUUCUCUUCUUCUCUUGAAUCUCUCCUCUUUCAUCAUCAUCAGCAUCAACCGUUACCGGACCAUUUUCCCGGAAAAUCUCCCGAGAAUAACUUUCAUCAAGGGGUUUUCGUUCCUUCUAAUAUUCACAACAAAAAUGAUGAGUCAUCUUCAAGAGUCGAUACCAAGAAGAGAAAAACACUAAUGGCGUCCAUGUCUACGUCGGAGAACAGUGUUUCUGAUCAAACCUCUUCUGCUCAAGUUUCCAUUAACGGAAAUGUUCGGACCAAAAAUAGUUCGUCAAGGAGAGGAAAAAGGUCGAAGAAUAUCGAAGAGAAAGAGAGAGAAGUUGUUCAUGUUAGAGCCAAAAGAGGUCAAGCCACUGAUAGCCACAGCUUAGCAGAGCGGGUUAGACGAGGGAAAAUAAACGAGAGAUUGAAAUGCUUGCAAGAUAUUGUCCCCGGGUGUUACAAGGCAAUGGGAAUGGCCACGAUGUUGGAUGAGAUAAUCAAUUACGUCCAGUCGUUACAAAAUCAAGUCGAGUUUUUAUCUAUGAAGCUUACAGCAGCAAGUUCUUACUAUGACUUUAACUCAGAGGCUGAUGCUGUUGAUUCCAUGCAGAAGGCAAAGGCACGUGAGGCAGUAGAGAUGGGGCAAGGGAGGGAUGGGAAUACUGUCUUCCAUUCAUCAUCAUGGACCCUUUGACUUUUGUUUUUUCUCUCCCUUUUGUUGUCUUCUUAUAAGUUAUCCUCUUUUGGAUAAAAAAUACUUAAGAGAUUGAUUUCAAUAAUUUGGAUGCAAAUGAUGAUAUGUAUACUGUGUAAUGUCGACAUUAUAAAUUUAUUGCAUAGAGACUGCAUUUCAAUUCAAUUGGGCAGUGACACAUGUUCUAUAUA